UUUCUGGUAAUCGUUUGACUCGCCGUGUUCUUCUCAGUGUAUGCAAGGGGGGUGGCUCUUACAGAAUGAGGAGUUCUCUGCUCGGCAUAAACAGAAAAACCUUGCAAAGACAUGAAAAGCCUAAGCACAAGCCUAUGGGAAUUAAGAAAGAAGCAGAGAAGAAAGCUGCUGAGUUUCUUCAGCAGGAAGCUACACAACUGCCUGACCAAAAACGUGUCAGUAAAAAGACUGGGAAGAGCACAUUGCUCUUAACACAACCUCUCCGCGAUCUUCACAAGCGCUUUGAAGAAACGGGACUUAGCGUCAGUUUUUCUACAUUUGCAAAGUGUCGACCAUCAAACGUGAAGUUAAUGGCACAGGCACGUUUAAGACAGUGCCUGUGUGAAUACUGCACCAAUGUGGGAUUGAAACUGUUGACGCUGAACAAGGUUGUUGCAGCACAGAAGGUAUACACCUGUAACAUAAAGCAUGAGAGGGAUGCAGUGAGGAUUUCAUCGUGUAGCGCCACAAACAAGAAUUGUGCAUAUCGUGUCUGCAACCUGUGCGGUGUCCAUCUACUUGAUGAACACACCCGUCCUCUUCUGCAGCAUGUUAUGGAGCUGAGUUGGCACCGGUGGGAGAACAAAAUUGUGACCACAAAUGGAAAGCAGGUUAACCGGAAAGUCCUAGUCACCAAGAGGGGAAUGGUUACUGAUCUCAUGGAAGAAUUGAAAACUGAGGUUGCCUUCCUGUCUGGACACCUCUUUCGAGCAGAUUGGCAGCAUCUCCAAUUCAAGCAAAUUAAAGAUGUAGUUCCAUUUCCAGCUGACACCAUCUGCAUGGUAAUGGACUUCGCGGAAAAUUUUACCUGCAUGUAUCAACAGGAAGUGCAGGCGGCCCACUGGCACCAUGAGCUCGUGACAGUGCACCCUACCGUUACAUACUACAGAUGUCCAGUCUGCCAAGAUACAACAACCGAGUCCCUGGUCUUUAUCAGCAGUGAUAAAAAACAUGACUACCAUGCCGUCCAGUGCUUCACAAUUAAAGCCCUACAACACCUCAGGGAGAAACGAGGCCUGACCGUCGGUCACAUCGUUCAGUGGACAGAUGGCUGUGGUUCACAGUACAAGAGUCGAGGCCCAUUCUCCGACAUCUCCAGAGCCGUGGUUGACCUUGAUGCCACUCUAGAGCGCCACUUCUUUGGAUCAAGACACGGGAAAGGCCCCUCGGAUGGGGAGAGUGCUGUGGUCAAGCACCAUGCUGCCUCUGCUGUUGCCGCUGGCAGUGUCAUUAUAGCUUCAGCUGAAGACCUCUUCAGUUACUGUUCAAAUUCAGCCCUCAAUAAACAACCCCCGAGUGAAGGGUGCAUCCACUUCUUGCGCUCCUUCUUUUGGGUUGGGGAAAGAGAUGUCAAAAGAGACCGAAUGGACAGGGAUGUGAAGACAGUUCCUGGAACACGCUCCUUCCACUCCGUUAAGUCUGUUGAAAAGAACAUAAUCCUGACAAGGGAGCUGACUUGUUGUUGCCUAGCAUGCCAGACUGGUGAUAGGGACUGCAUUUCCACAGCAACAGCUGGACCCUGGUCAUCCCAUGUCCUGCGACCGGAUAGCCACCAGCAGCCUACUCAACCUGCUGAUGCUGAUGAUGUUCAGUCUUCGGGUCCAUCUGCAGUAACUGAAGUACAGUUUUCACGGUUGAGUUCUUCAGUGGGUGAUGAUGUGCAACUUGCGACUGCUGCUAUUCCUUCUCUUGAUACAAUUGAAAAGGACCAGGCUUCCAGUGAAGUUCCCCAAGAUGCUUCUGCAGCCAGAUUUCAGUAUGGCAGCUGGGUGAAUGUGAAAUUUGGUACAGAAGGAAGCAAGCAGCAGGCCAAAUUUUAUAAUGGAAUGGUCCUCCAGAUUGAUGGCAGGGACAUACAGGUGACCUUCUUACGGAACAGAGGGUCAUUUUACAGCUUUCCUGUCAGUGAGGACAUUGCCUGGGUCUCAGCAGAGAAUGUGGAAUGCAUCACACCACCUACCAUCAACUCCCGUGGCCAGCAUUUUUUCCCCUGAUAUCUGAUGUCUGCUUUUUAAUUCCAAUGACUGUGGUUUCGUGUCCACGUAACAACCAUAACACAAUUUACUUCAUUAAUUAUAGCUAAAAGCAUAUUCAAACAAAUACAAUGAUUAUCUUUUGUUAAAAUAGGAGUGGUAUAGCUUGUAAAAGGACCCAAAUAUAUAUCUGCUUGGAUUAAAAAAUUGGAUAGCAGAAAUGUCAAAUGUCUAUCGGUUGCUGGCGCUAAAGCGCUGGACACAAAACUAAGCUACUUAGAUCAUGUCCAUUGAGAUAUUUUAUUGCAAUUGUUAAAUGCACACCAUUUAAUAAGCCAAUGAACACAGCUGAUGUAAUAAAUAAUGAUUUAACAAUUAGUGUUGCUCUUUUGUAUAUACUGUUUGGUGUCCAUGUAACAACCGUAAUAUUGCGCUAGUCACUACAUACUAUGAACCCUAGUAAAAAAGUGACUGGGUCAACUAUCAUUUUCUCUCUCAAAAUAUGUUCUUGGAAGGCCAUGGUUUUAAUCAUAUAUAUUUAUGGGCCCUUUGUAAAAA